AUGGAACGCCAAGCAUCAACAGAUGUUUUUCAUCCUAGUCAUGAUAAACAGCGAUCACUUCUUAUCGAGUGGAUAAACAAUACUCUAGUUAAUGUCAAUUUGCCGGGAAACGCUUCUGAUGAGGAUUUGAGAGCAUUCCUGGUUGAUGGUAGUGUGUUAUGUGAGGUGUUGAAUAAAUAUAAACCAGGAUCCAUUGAGUAUAGCGGUUCUGGUAAUUCUUCGAAGAUAGGCUCAGAAAAUGUAAAAAAGCUUCUUGCUGCCAUGUACGAGAUGGGAUUGCCUAUAUUCCAAGUUAGAGACAUAGAAAAGGGAUCGAUGAAAAUUGUGAUAGACUGCCUGCUAACCCUUAGAUCACGGCUUAUAGUGAACGGUGGGGGAUAUGAACUUUCUGCUGCUAGUUUAGCCAGUCCAUUUAGUGUGACGCACAAAGGUUCAUCAGAGUCAAGCUUCUAUCGCCUUUUGCGCAGUCCACUCAAGUCAGAACCAUCAGCAGCGUUACUGCAUCAUGUAGGCAAUAACUUCCAAGAAGUGUUUCAGAUAAAGCAUGGGUGCUAUGCAGAUAUACCUUCUGCGAAGAUAUCAGAAAUGAUAAACUCAACCCGUUUCGAUAAUGCGCCAACACAGUCACUUUUAAGUGUCGUGAAUGGAAUUUUAGAUGAGGGUCAAAGAAAGAAUGGUGAAAUACCUUAUCGUGUGGCAUGCCUAUUGAGAAAAGUCGUCCAAGAGAUUGAGAGACGGAUUUUUACACAAGCAGAGCACUUGAAAACUCAAAACCAGCUGUUCAAGGUACGGGAGGAGAAAUACCAGUCAAGAAUCAAAGUUCUUGAAGCUCUUGCAGCUGGGACUGGUGAAGAGACACAGGUAGCAUAUGGCAUCUGCAAAUGUUCUCUCUUGAUACGAUUUCCAUUCACUGAUUAUUUGUGUCUUCUUACUGCUCAGAAGGUUAUAACAGAAGGAAAAAAGAAAGCUGAACUGCUAGAUGUACCAAAACCGAUAAACCAAAAGGAUAGCAAUAAUCAUAAAACUGAGUCUUUGAAGAAGGAAGAAAACAACCAUUAUGAAAGUUUAUCUUAUAAGAAAGAAGAUAGCAACAAUCAUGAAAGUGCAUCUCUCAAGAAGGAAGAUAACAACAAUCAUGAAAGUGUAUGUCUCGAGAAGGGAGAUAACAACAACAAUAACGAAAUAAUCUCUCUCAGGAAGGAACUGGAAACAACUAAGAAAAAUUAUGAACAGCUUUGCUUACAAAUGGAAGCAACCGCCGAGGAAAGCCAAGAAAUCAAAUCUUUGAAGGAAGAGUUGGAAAUAGCUAAAAAAAAUUAUGAACAGCUCCGGAUACAAAUGGAUACAGAUCCUAAUGGAUCUCGUGAUAUUACCUCUAUAAUGCAAGAGCUGGAAACAACUAAGGAAAAUUAUGAGCAGCUUCGUUCACAAGUGGAAAUAGCAGCUAAAGGAAGCCAAGAAGUCGAAUCAUUAAAGAAAGAGUUGGAAAUAGCUAAAAACAAUUAUGAUCAGCUCCGACUACAAAUGAACACGGAUGCUAAUGGAGCCCAAGAUAUUAAUUUGCUAAAGCAAGAGCUGGAAACAACUAGGAAAGGUUAUGAGCAAAAGUGCUUGCAAUUGGAAACGGAAGCUAAAGGAGUUCAACAAGAUCUAGAGGAGAAGCUAAAGGAACUUGAGCGAUACUUGACAGAGUCAAAAAGUAGAAUUAGAGAGCUAGAGACCACUAUACAAUCAGAAAGUCGGAGAUGGAAAAAAAGAGAGCACAUUUACCAAAUAUGUGCAGAGUUUCAGAUAAGUGUUCUGCGGGAGCUAAAAAUUUCUUCUGUAGCAAUGAGGCAGGAGGUUACACAAACACAAAAGAGUUAUGUGGACGAUUUUAGUCGCCUAGGGACAAAGAUCAAGGUAUUAGAAAAGGCAGCUGAAAACUAUCAUGUAGUCCUAACUGAAAACCGGAAGAUGAAUAAAGAGCUCCAAGACCUAAAAGGGAAUAUCAGAGUGUACUGUCGGAUUAGACCGUUCCUUCCUGGACAAAAGGCAAAGCAGUCAAUUGUUGAAUACGUGGGUGAUAAUGGGGAGCUAACAGUUGUAAAUCCAUCAAAACAAGGAAAAGAAGUCAGGCGCUCAUUUAAGUUUAAUCAAGUCUAUGGCUCAAAAGCAACUCAAGUGGAUGUAUAUUCCGAAAUCCGACCAUUAAUACAAUCUGUUUUGGAUGGAUAUAAUGUAUGUAUAUUUGCAUAUGGUCAAACUGGCUCAGGGAAAACGUAUACUAUGUCGGGCCCUGAUGGAGCUUCUGAAGAGGAAUGGGGGGUCAACUAUCGAGCCAUGAAUGACCUUUUUAAUAUUUCUCAAAGAAGAGGAAGAACUUGUGCAUAUGAAAUAGGGGUUCAGAUGGUCGAAAUAUAUAAUGAACAAGUUCGUGAUUUACUGUCAAGUGGUUCUCAGAAGAAACUAGGGGUUUCGUCCAACUCCCAAGCAAGUGGCUUAGCUGUCCCCGAUGCUAGCAUGCAUCCUGUACAAUCAAGCUCUGACGUAAUGGAAUUCAUGGAAAUUGGACUUAAAAAUAGAGCAAAGAGUUCCACUGCCAUGAAUGAAAGGAGCAGCCGAUCACACAGUGUUUUAACAGUCCAUGCUCGUGGGACGGAUUUAAAGACUGGUUCAUUGUUGCGUGGCAAUCUCCACUUGGUGGAUCUUGCUGGAAGUGAAAGGAUAGACCGCUCUGAGGUAACUGGAGAUCGACUCAAGGAAGCACAACAUAUAAACAAAUCUUUAGCAGCACUUGGAGAUGUCAUCUUCGCUUUGGCACAAAAAAGUGCUCAUGUUCCAUACAGAAAUAGCAAGCUCACUCAAGUUCUUCAAAGUUCUCUAGGUGGUCAAGCAAAGACAAUUAUGUUUGUGCAGCUUAAUCCUGAAGCUAUCUCAUAUACGGAAAGCCUUAGUACCUUGAAGUUUGCUGAAAGGGUUUCCGGAGUUGAGCUUGGUGCUGCACGGAGCAGCAAAGAGACCAAGGAGGGCAACGAUGUUAAAGAAUUGAUGGAACAGGUCGCGUCUCUAAAAGAUACAAUAGGAAAGAAAGACGAGGAGAUAUCGAGACUGCAGCAGCUGAAAAAUGGAGAGAAACGUGCAGUUGCAACGAGGUAUCAGAAUUCUCCUUCAAUCUGAAUUUACACAGGAUGCAUUUCUUAACAAAGCUUAAUAUUAUUUGUUUGGAAAAGAUAAAUGCAGAUUCUGAUCAGGAUCCUACUGCUCGGCUAGUUCCCGACAGUAUGUUUCAACAUAUAUUGGGGUAUUUGAAGAGAUGAUGUCUGAUAGUGGACUUUCUAUUGUACAGACCAUGACAGUUCUAUAUAAAGUGAUCACUUCCUUCAGGAUUCAAAACCUUUAUGAGAACUUACCAAAAGGUAAUAUUUUGUAAGCUCAAGUAUGAGGGUGCCAUAGAACUAUACCGCGAACAAUCGGUUCGUGUAUUUUUAUCUAGCGUACUUUUGUGUUAUGUUCAAGAAA